CUUUUUCUUCUUCUUACGGCAGCCGGCAUCCAAAAAGUUGCAUUGCUGCCAUCUACGGAACUAGCACCUUAGUGCACUAUAUCAGAACCAUAAGAAGUGAGAACACAGAGCUAUCCUGGGAAAUUACUCUGUCGACAGACGGCACAUUGAGACUUCGUUAGCACAACCACCCAGCCUAGUGCCUCUCCAGCCCGAUCCAACGGAGCAACUCUCCAUGACAGAGUAAAGAAAGCAGAAUCACAGGCAUGAUGAGGCAUGGUGUAGGAGCCACAAGGCGCACACAUGCGGUGUACAGGAUUCAUGCUGUGUGGUGAAGAGUGUGUGGAGUUCUUGCUGCGAGACUCCGAGAUCAUCUCUGCUCUGCCCAGGAAGCCUAUGAGAGCCAUCUGUAGAUCAGGAAGACAAAAAGACGCUCCUGAGCCUCAGCGUCACUCAACAGGCACACAUGCCCAGCAGGCCUUCAGGUCUGAGCCCAGGAACCUCACUGUGCGGAUGGGAGCCACAGCCGUGUUGAGGUGUGAGGUGCUGCGGGCCUCAGGGACGGUGCAGUGGGUGAAAGAUGGCCUCCUACUGGGACCACAGAGAAGCCUUCCAGGCUUUCCACGCUACAGCAUGAUUGGAAACCCCACUAAAGGGCAGUAUCACCUUCAGAUUGAGAAGGCCCAACUGGAAGAUGACGCCUCCUAUGAAUGUCAAGUGGGCCGGUCUGAGAGCAGUCGAGCAAUCAUUUCCAGUACGGUCUGGGUCAACAUGCUAAUUCCUCCUUCCAAGCCAUACUUUGAAGUGGAUAUGGCAACACCUUGGACAGCAGGGAAGAAAUACGUUGUCACCUGUAUCGCCCCUGAUGCAAAGCCCAUGGCUGAAAUCACACUUUAUAAAGAUGGAGUCGAGCUGACAGGUGUAGAGUCUUUUAAUAUGUCUGGCUCAAAGGAUAAGCUCCUGAACACGCAUGCUGACGUAACGUAUGUGUUUGCCCACCUGCCAGACUCAUUUUUCUCACCGACCUGCUCAAUAUCUCCAAGUCUGUCUUUGUUUCUUGUUUCCCUUGUUUUCACCCCGCUCUUAUUUUCUCCCUCUUUCUUAGUGAGUGCAAUGAAUUUCGGCACACAGCGAACUGUUACUUGGCACUGUGCGAUUGAAUUAGCUUCUGUCAAAUACACAAAAUUACAUUCCGGCAGCGAGACAGAUCCGAUCCUCGCCGGUCGCCAGGUGCCUAUACUCCCGCCUCAGCCUCCAGUUAUUGUAGGUCUGGAGAGAGCGGAAGUCAAAGCGGGGAGAAUGCUCGUGUUGGAGUGCGUGUCUCAUGGUGGAAACCCCCUAGCCACUCUCCACUGGACCAAGAAUGGAGAAGUUCUGUCCACGACUUGGAAAAAGGACGUUGUGGCGCAGAAGUCCAUCAGUAUCCUCUACCUGAAGAUCACCCCCGCAGAUAACCAGGCAGUGCUGUGCUGUGAGAGCGUCAAUCUGGUGUCCCUGUCACCUCUGUCUGUCAGCCGCAAAAUCACUGUGUUCUUUGAGCCUGCAGAGGUGACACUGUUGGGUGAGUUCACGACCAUCGAGGGGCAGGACUUGGUUCUGAACUGCUACACCACCUCCAGUAAUCCGCCUGUUCAGAUCCGCUGGUGGCUGGGCUACAAGGAGCUCGACAGCAGUGUUGCAACUAUCACAGAGGGAGACAACGGUGGGAUGAUAACCAUAUCCAACAUGACCCACGUGGUCUCCCGGGAGGAUGAUGGGCUGAAACUCACCUGUGAGGCUUUCAACAAGGGCACACACUUCUCCAAGUCUCAAGACGCCAUACUCAAUGUCUAUUACCCACCUCUAAAGGUGUGGCUCGAUACUCCCCCUCAAGAUGUCCCCCUCCGUUCAGGGACCACAGUCUGUCUCAUCUGCUUCUCCACUGGAGGGAAUCCCCCUGGGACUCUGACUUGGUUCAAGAAUGGAAAAGCUUUGUCCGAUGCACUGAGACAGACAUCCUUUGAUCGCGGUGUGGCUCGAGAACUGGUCCUGGUCCUGACGGCCAGUGACAACAUGGCCACCUACCGCUGUGAUGCCACAAAUAAAGCAAAGAAGACAAUCUCUGCCCACACUAAGCUUAUGGUUAACUUUACAGCAAUAAGUAUGAAGAUCUCAACCAAACAGCAGGAGCUACGUCGGGGUCAGAUGCUUACUCUGGAGUGCCAGUCUGGAAGCAGUAACCCCAAGGCCAGCAUCUCCUGGACCUUGGGCGCACUCAGGUUCCAGGGAGUGGAGCAGCCACCCAAGAGGGCUCAGUUUGGUGGUGUGUCAGUGCACAGUUCUCUAUCCCUGAAUCUGAGUUCACAGCAUCACAACCAGAGGGUCAUUUGCCAGGCCUACAGUCCUGUGCUAGCAGAGGGGGCUAACACAUUCUUUAAACUCAAUGUGCUUUACCCACCAGAGUUUAGCCCAGAGCAGCCAACGAAGGUUCAGGUGGUGGAGAACGACAUGGCAACCAUCCCACUGCUGGUCUCAGCUAACCCAGAGGAGGUCUCCUGCAUUUGGCUGCACCGCAGGGAGAAGCUGGUCAAAGUGGGGUAUCUGCGCUACAACUGGUCAGAUGAGAACGCACUGGAAAUCAGGAAUGUGACGAGGAAUAAUGCCGGAGUUUACACGGUCAAGUGCUCAAAUGAUGAGGGUGUCAAUCAAACCUCCGUCAUGCUGGACAUUCAGUAUGCUCCCAGUGUCAAGGCAGAGAAAGACCCUGUGUUAGUGAACCUGGGGGAAACGGCAGACAUGAUAUGUGUGGCAGAUGCCAACCCCAUUAUAUCUGACAUGUUCUUUUGGAAAUGGCUGGGAGAAGGGGAGGUGGAGGUGGGACAGGAGACCCAGGAAGACAAAUAUGGCCUUCUGACCAUCCACAAUGUGACUCGGGCUCAUGCUGGUCUUUACCAGUGCACAGCCAAUAAUGGCAUAGCACCCCCUGCCACUGUUGAUGUGCAGCUGAUCGUGCAAUUCAAACCAGAGAUUCAGAAAGGAGCCCAAUGGCGGAAGGUAGCAAGUAGAGGGGAUGGCACCACUACAGCUGAGGUUGUGUGUUGGGCAGAAGGUAUUCCUCGUGUCGACUUCUCUUGGGAAAAAAAUGGUGUACUUAUGGACUUUGCAAACCACAGGUAUGAGGAGCAGACUGUGAGUGAGGGCUCCUUCCAAACCAGCACAGUCAGAGUUAUAAAUGUGAGCGCAGCUCUGGACUAUGCUGUCUUCAGCUGCACUGCUCGCAACUCACUUGGGGAAGACAAGCUAGACAUCCAACUCGUCAGCACAAAUCACCCAGAUCCUCCGACGUCGUUUCGCCAAGUCAGCGUCUCCCACGACUCGGUCACUCUGGAGUGGAUCCCCAGCUUCAAUGGUGGUUUGCGGCAAAGAUUUCGUAUAAGAUACCGUUCGGAUCAGUCAGCCAGUUUCCUCUACAUGGACGUCUUCCCUCCCAGUGCAUCAACCUUCACCAUCACUGGCCUGCAGCCUGUCACCACUUACAACUUCUCUGUCAAUGCCCUUAAUGCAAUUGGAGAGAGUGGCUAUGCUGACAACAAUGCAGUACUCACCAUCACCACCAUGGCGAGGCCAGAAGAAGAAGUGCCAGAAGAGGAGAGAGGAUAUUUGACAGAAGUCUUGACAGUGGUGUUUGGAAUCCUGCUGGUAUUGAAUUCACUGGGUUGCUUCUUUGGAUUGAGGUGGAAAAAGAGGCGAGGCCAGACAGGGGGUAAAGGAGGCAGUGUAUUGGGUGGAAAGAAGAAUGAAGAGGACGGGUCCAGUCAGUCAGCUGUAAGCAAUUCCAAUAAGUAUGAGAGCAGAGAAAAGAUCAACGCCGCAGCCCAGCGCACCCUCCUACUCGACUCUGGAUCUGAAAGCGACAGCAAUGUCUACGAGAGCUAUGCGGCGGAAAGUUCCCAUUAUUAUUACCCCACUGGUGACUACAUGCCUCCUCUCAGCCCACUCCCUGAGGAAAUGCGUAGGCUCGAUGUCACCCACCUCCCCUUGGACGCUCCCAGCCAUCCGUAUGAAUAUGUAAGAAACCGGGGUCUGUACCAGGACAUCCUGGCUUCCCCUCUUCCUUCCCCUCCGUCUUUGUUUGACCACAGAUUGUCUAAUCAAAGGAACGAGUGGAGAUCAUCAACCUACCAUCAGCAGGCUGCUGAGAGAGCGAGGGAUGUUCGACAACUGCAGAGUGAUUCUGAUCUUCCCUUUGAACUCCGAGGUGAAUUAGUCUAGAAGGAGAAGGAGAAGGUCAGAGCACACAAAUGCGCUAUGACGGAGUUUGUGACUCAACAGUAGUCACUGAGUACAGUGUUGUAUAGGAGAUACUAAAUACAAUGUUCCUUUUUGUUUUAUUCCUUUUGAAUGGUCACCUUAAAUGUACCUGUCACAAGAGUAGAAUGUAGCUGAAUGCUUGAUGUAAAAUGUCAUAUAAUACAGUAUUUCACUUUCA